AUGGCUGAUAGGAGACGCAUAAACGGCCCCGGAGGUGUUACCGUCCCACCUCUCUACGAUGAUGGUCCUUCUCAAUGCCUACCGCGGUCCAGGCCACCCAACCAUACCCGGGCUACGUAUCUGAAAACCGGAGUGACACCAUCUGCAUCUGGCUCGGCUUACCUCGAGGUCGAGGCUCGCGAUGGCUCACAGGGCAGCGGUACCAAGCUUACCUGCACCGUGCAUGGUCCCAGGUCUCUCCCACGCUCAGCACCCUUCUCGCCACACAUGGUCUUGACGACUCACGUCAAGUAUGCGCCGUUUGCUACGAGGCAUCGCAGAGGCUACCUGCGCGACUCCAGCGAGCGAGACCUCAGCACCCACUUGGAGACUGCCCUUAGAGGCGCCUUGAUCGCGGACCGGUGGCCAAAGAGUGGCGUGGAUGUGGUCGUCACCAUCAUCGAGGGUGAAGAGGCCCGGAAGACGGCAGUCGACAAGGGCAGCGAGGAGUGGGACAUGAUGAACACUCUUGCGUCCUGCAUCACUGUCGCCGCAGCAGCUCUGGCCGACGCCGGCAUAGACGCUGUCGACCUGGUCUCUGGGGGAGUCGCCGCGCUGGUCGCUGGAAAGACGGAGGGGGAGAUGGAGAUUGUGCUGGACCCUGCACCUCUUGAGCAUGAGGCCCUUCUCGCCGCCUGUUGUGUGGCCUACCUGCCCGUGCGAGAUGAAAUCACCAACAUCUGGCUCAAGGGCAACAUCCCAUCGACUGACGCCGUUCUCUACCGCGACCUGGUUGCAAGAGCCAUUCACGCUAGCAAAAGGUCCAACAAGGCAAUUGCGGCCUCUCUCAACGAGUCCAUGAUGGGAAUUUGA